AUGGCCUCCGUCAACGGAACGAGCGAUGCUACAAGCGUGCCGGGUGGACCUCCAACGAGGGACGCGACGUACUUCUUGGAGCCCCUUUUCUUCCUCGUAGAAGACGGCAUAUUCCAAGUCCCUAAACACCACUUCCAGCUCAACGAUGUUUUCUCAACGACCUUCAUGCUCCCUCCUCCGCUAGGGGAGACAGCGGAGGGCUCCUCGGAGAAAAAACCAUUUGAGCUCAGAGGCAUACUGAAGAAAGAUUUUCAGGCGUUCUUGCGAGUUCUCUACCCUUUGGGCGUGCCUAACAACUAUGAGGAUCUUACCUCCGAGGAAUGGCAGUCGGUUCUCCGCCUCUCCUCUAUGUGGGAGUUCCAAAGCCUGCGCGACCUCGCAGUCCAAUGGCUCGGCAAGCCAGGCAUGCUCGACUCAGUAUCCAAGAUCCAACUCGGAGAGUCGUAUGACCUACACGAUUGGUUUGUAGCGGGGUGCGGCGAGAUAGUGGUGCGCAAGAAGGGACCACGAGGAGAGGAGAUGGUGAGGUUGGGCCACGACAUGACGGAGAGGCUUUACGACCUAAGGGAAGCUCACCUUCGCGCUCAAGGCGGCUUUCACAAUGUCAGGUACGACGUCGGGACCGCUGUGAAGAACGAGUUUGUGGAUGUCCUGGGAGAAGUCGAAUAUACCUGGUGA